AAGAGAAGGGAGUGCUAGACCCCAGCGGGCAUUUCUUUAGAGAAGUCUCUCUUUGGCCUGGGGCGCCCUACAUCUGUAGCUGAGCCUGAGUGCAGCGGGGACCCCUAGGGCCCGUGAGCGAACCGGUGCCUCGGACCCCCAGGACCUCUGGGGCGGGACUUUAGGACCCUAGUGCUCCCUGGCAGGGGGCGUCCUUGCUUCCGGGGAACACUCCUCCCCCUUCAGAGAGCGGAGGGCUUAGACUCCACGAGUUUGCAGUCCCAUCUGUGCUUAAAAUCUGAACGAUUGAACAGGCUUCCUCAUCCUCAGAAUUGCUUUUAACAUAUUUAGGAAAAUGAUCAAACUUGAGAAUUCUAGUGAGUGAAAAAAAUACUUUGUGUCAGGCAUUAUUCUGAUGCAUUUUGCGUCACCUUCUAAACACCCAGUGGGAGAGGUACCUUUUCUCCAUUUUCAGAGGAGGCAUAAGAUUAAGUCAUUUGCCCAAGGUCGCAGGGAACUGAUAGCUGCAGAAUUUGAAGGCAAGCAUUUCACGGACUACCUUUCAUAAAUACAAAGCAGUUUUUAGUGUUACCUUGUUACUGGAGCGCCCAGAACUCUUCUAGUGGGCCAUUCUUUGGCUAAGAUUCAUCCAUUUUUUACCUCGUGCACCACCAAGAAUCCUAAGGAAAGGAUAAUAUUUCCCAGAUUCACUAAGCUGUGACCAGUGAUUUCUGAUCUUUAUGUAGAACACUGAGUUAAGAUCCGAAGGAGUGCGUGUUUCUUUGUGGAGGUAAAAGAUACCUGCUUACAGAUAAUAUUACGAAAUUAAAGGAAUUUCAACGUAAGAAGGUGAAUGUUGCAUAUAAUCUUCCUGGCACCAAAGAAAUGUAUUUUAGAAACUUGGAAGAGAAAUUGACCCAGAACAAACUCAUCCUGAAGGACGAACUGAAGAUCUUGCUUCAUCUGUGUCAGUCCCAGAAAGACAUGGAGCUGGCUAAAAGCGUCAUUCACAGGUACCAUGCAGAAAAUAGAAAUUUCACUUUGGGGGAGUAUAAGUUUGGACCAGUUUUCAUGAGACUAUGUUACGAGAUGGAUCUUGAGGAAUCUGCGGUGGAGCUCAUCAAAGACCAGCAUUUACAAGGUUUCUUCUCGGACCCCACAUCAUUCAAUAUUUUGAUGGAUAUGUUAUUUAUCAAGGGCAAAUAUGAAAAUGCAUUGGAAGUGUUGAUAGAGAUGAAAAACCAGGAUGUGAGGCUCAACUCAGAUAGCUAUGUCCUUGCUUUUGCAAUUUGCUAUAAGCUGAAUAGCCCAGAAUCUUUUAAAAUCUGUACUACAUUAAGAGAAGACGCCCUAACCAAAGGAGACAUUCUCUCCAGGAGAGCAUGCUGUUUUGCUGUGGCGUUAGCUCUGAAUCAGAAUGAAGUGGACAAAGCUGCAACCAUAUUUUCUCAAAUCAUGAACCAAGAGAACAUAACUUGGGCCAAUUUAAAUAUCAUGAUCCAUAUCCAGUCGAAUAUGUUGGAGCCCCUAAUAAACAUACUACAAGGUGCUGUAGAAGAAAAUUUAUCUCGGUUUGUGAGAAGACAUGAGUUCUCCGAGGAGGUGCUGGCCAAAGUGAGGGAAAAAGUGAAGGACGUGCCCACCCUUGCAGCCAGAUUUGAUGAGAUCUAUGAGAAACUGCAUAUACAUGGCCAGGUGACUUCUUGCACUCUGGAUGCCCUGCUCUGCCGCACCCCCAGGGACAAGAAGUCUCACACACCUCUACUAAACAGGAGGAGAGUCAGCCAGCGGACCUUGCAGCCCCUAAGCCAGUCCCUGUUGGCCGAGUAACCCUCUUUCCAACUUGCCUCUAGGUCUGUGGGGCCUGCUUCAGGUGAAUUAUUUAUUGGCUUCUCUAAGAAAUCAGGCAUCUUACUUCAGUGGAUAUUGUGGUAACACCUGGGCUCCCCAUGUCACAAGUUCAUUGAGUGGUGACGUGCUGACUAGAGAAGUUGCUUUGUUGUGCUACCUUGAAGAUCUGGAUGAAGCAAAGACAGCUCAGCUUCCUCAAAGGCAAUCAUCCCCUUGUGUCACCGCUGAAGAAGGAGUAUGAGUGGGUCUUCAGUGUAGCUUAUAGUACCUGAAUAGGGUCCAUCAAACAUCAUCAGGGAUGAAAUACACUGGAAGUGUGAUCUUCCCUGUUUGUCAAAGGAGUGAUUGCUUGUAAUAAUACCCUUGCUGAUUUUAGGAGCUCCAAAACCCUCUCCUACCAUAUUGGGAAACAGCCAAGAAUUUUCUUUUUUUUUUUUUUUUUUUCCGGUACCGGGAAUCAAACUCAUGACUUGCACUUGCCAGGCAGGUGCUGUGCCGCUGAGCUAAAUCCCCAGCCCCUUAGCCAAGGAUUUUCUCCCUGCUCUGCCAUUGUUUAAUUAUCUAACCCUGAACAGGACACUUGAGCCCUCGUUGUUCCACCUGCAAAUAAUAGUGCCUUUAUGGGUUAGCAUAAUGACUUGAAAUUUUUAUCCAAGGUUCAUUACAGUCAAGUUUUCUCAAAAAUAAGAGAAAUAAAAAGGUACUUGAGUAAACUUCUUGAGAUUGUGUUUAUCUACUGUACAAACCAAACCAGUAUUUAGCUUUUAUAACCAGUGAGCAAAAUUUCAAUGAUCAUUGCUUUGGUCAUGAGUAUACCAUGUGCUUUUCAAAAAUAAAACACUAAUAAAAACCAUAUGAUGCUUAGUUCUCUACAUGGAUCAUAAA